AUUUUAAAAUAUGUAAAAAAAAUAGUCCUAAAGUUUGAGUAGGUGUGUCCUUGACUCGAGUAGUAGUCUGAAAGCAGUCGGCCUGAAAACAUGCGCGUGUUAAAGCGGGGAGGAGAAUCAAACCCCAGCCAAUAACAAAGCCUCAAUAUAUGAGAUGAAGUGGCUCGAAUCGUCUGUUUACAUACCAGUCAUAUCAGUCGUGCGUUUGCGCGUAAAAACGCGCCCCUCUGACGCUCCGCGGAGCGACGGGCGUUUCACUUCCCCUCAGGCGAAUGACUUUACAAAGAGUUUAAAUAAAGUUUAAGAGUGUAAACAAAAGCAAGCGUUGCAGGAGCUCGUUCGCACAUGGCUGGAGUCGGCGGUAAGAGCGCCGUGUCGUUCUCCGUGCUCAAGCGCUCAUUCUCGCUGCGCGGCUCCCCGCGCUCGGUGCUCACGGGCGGGCGUCGGAGCGCGCAGGAAGGGCGGCUGGUGGCCCGUGCUCCUCACCCGCUCCGGACUCACCGACACCCCGCGUAUGUGUGCUUCUCCUGCCAGGACUCCAUGAGCGAAACCCUGCGGACCUGCUACGCGUAUCUGAACCAGACCAGCCGGAGCUUCGCGGCGGUGAUCCAGGCCCUGGACGGAGAGCUGCGGCAUGCGGUGUGUAUUUUCUACCUGGUUCUGCGAGCUCUGGACACAGUGGAGGACGACAUGAGCAUCCCGCUGGAGAAGAAAGUCCCGUUACUGCAGGACUUCCACACGUUCCUCUAUCAGCCCGAAUGGAGCUUCGCCGAGAGCCGAGAGAAAGACCGGCAGGUGCUGGAGGAUUUCCCCACGAUUUCGGUGGAGUUCAGGAAUUUGGGCCAGGAGUAUCGUGACGUGAUUUCAGACAUUUGUCACCGGAUGGGUGUGGGAAUGGCCGAAUUCCUGGAGAAGAAGGUGUCUUGCAUGAAGGAAUGGGACAAGUACUGUCAUUAUGUGGCGGGUCUGGUGGGGAUCGGUCUGUCCCGUCUGUUCUCCGCGUCCCAGCUGGAGGAUGCUGAGGUGGGCCGGGACACGGAGCUGGCGAACUCCAUGGGUCUGUUCCUCCAGAAGACCAACAUCAUCAGGGACUAUCUGGAGGACCAGCAGGAGGGAAGGGCUUUCUGGCCGCAGGAGGCCUGGAGUCAGUUCACGGCCCGUCUGGAGGAUUUCUCCCAUCCUCAGCACCUGAGCUCCGCUCUGUCCUGCCUCAACCUGCUGGUGACCGACGCCCUCCGCCACGUCCCAGACGUCAUCGCAUACCUCUCCCGCCUCCGCAACCAGAGCGUCUUCAACUUCUGUGCCAUUCCUCAGGUGAUGGCGAUAGCGACUCUGUCGGCGUGCUACAACAAUCCUCAGGUGUUUCAGGGUGUGGUGAAGAUCCGGAAGGGUCAGGCCGUGACGCUCAUGAUGCAGGCUACAAACAUGUGCGCCGUCCAGAGCAUCAUCGCACAGUACAGUCAAGAGAUCCUGCAGAAGGUUUCCGUCACAGACCCGUCCCGGGAGAAGACUCUGUUUAUCCUGAGUGUCAUCCGUGAGAAGAGCCUGUCUCCAGCCGUGCUGUCGUCCCGCGCGCACCACAUCUCUCCGGUCUACGUCUCGGCCGUCAUGCUGUUAGCGGCACUCAGCUGGCAGUAUCUGAACGCCACGGCCGGGCAGCCACCAGGGGGCGCAGACAUGCAUGGACACUGAGACCACACCCUCCGACUGCCCAAAAACUGCCAGACCAAAAUGCUUGAAAAAGGCAUGAGUUUGGGAUGUUUAGUUUUUUUUUUUCUAUUUUGCUAAAAUUUGUUCAGGUCAUUUUCACCCCAUAAUCAAAAACAUAAAUAAAUAAAUAUGAAAAAAAUUAUAUAUACACUACCGGUCAAA